AUUGUAUUUGGAAAUGUGAGCGUGGCCUGGGCAGUUACAAAAUGUAGCUGAUAUCUGAUUGGCCAAUAGCUUUGUAUUCAUAUGGAUUUGAACUAUCCUCUUUACCCAUUGGACAAUAGUAGCCAUCCCUCGCGUAUCAUUGGCGGAUUUACACCACGCCGAAUUUCAAACCGUCAUUCAGCGUGUUUUGGAAGGAAGGGUGAUUUAACGUUUUCUAGUCAACAUUAGUGUCAGCUCGUCAGCUCACAUGGUAGACGUUUUAAAACGUAAAACUAACUGCGUUUGUAGCUAGACAUUAGCUACUGCUACUGUAUCUCAUCUUUCAUGGCUGAAACGGAUAAUUCAGCAUGGAAAGGAUUUCUGGACUCCAGUCCGGUAAAGCGAGCCGACGCUAACAAGGAGAACGAUGUUCCAGUUUUGGUUUUAACCCUGUUUUCAAAGGCUCCUUUUGUGACUUUUGGAAAUGUAAAGUUGGGCACCUCAAAGUCGGCUGUUCUGCGUAUUGAGAACCCAAUAGCGGAUUCAGAAGCGGAGGUUACAAUUGAAAAGAUCCCUGCAAGUAAAGGAUUUUCUGUGGAAUACAGGACUUUCACGAUUCAGCCCGAGGACUCAUUCAAUUUGAACGUAACAUGGACUCCAUCAGAAGAAGGUGGAAUAAGGGAGCUCAUCGUCUUCAGUGCCAAUGGGAUCCUCAAACAACAGGCUGUACUGCUGGGGAGAGCAGAAGCACCGAGAAAGAAAAAGAAAAGCUUAUGGGACACAAUCAAAAACAAAAGGGACGGUGAAAACGUAAGCGUACCCAGGAGAAACAAAACGGAUCAGCCACUGAAGAUGGCAGCCAACAAAACCUUCCAAGUGUCUCGAAAGUCACUGUACAAGCGGGAAAAGCCACGUAGCCCUCUUGCUGCUCUCAAUAAGGGCGAAGCUGUCAGAGAGCGGUCCCUCUCCAAGCCUACUCCAAUGGACGAAUACUUUCAGAAAUCAGAGGAGCAGAAGGCCUAUAAUUUGUCUGACCAGGAGAAUAUCGAUUUUCUUCAGAAGGACUCUCCUCUUGUCCUACUCGUCCCAGCCGGGAAGCUGGUGGACUCUGGCAACAUGUCUGCUAGUCCACAUCUGCAGGUGGGCAAACCCGAAUAUAGAGAUCUAACCAAGAUGCUCAACAAGACACUGUCACCUAUCGGGACACUGGAGAUGUUUAAGAAGUGUAUGCCAAGUAUUCAGUCCAACAGCCCACUUUCUGCUGACAGUGGGUUAACUGGAACCCCAGUUCCCUCUUUGAAAGACGCACUUGCCCUCAUUGACUCAGAUCUAACCAGAAUGAACACCAGUCCUAGAGACACAAGUUCAAGCUGUGGAUCAGAUUCAUUGGACUCCAAGAGUGGGACUCGUGGCUGUGGACCUGACAAAAAUGUCCUUCCAGUGUUACCUGAUAGCCCGUAUGGGUCGGACUCCAACGAGCCGAGGCUGACCUUCUUUGUCAGCAAAAAGGUUGUUGUGAGCAAGGUGGUUUUAGAGGCUGAUAAGGCUACGGAAUGGGUCAAAAAUACCUAUUUUACUUCUGCCACGGUGAUCAAGAACAAAGCACCAGUGGAGGCAAUUAUUUCGAGUGGAAGGAAGAUAAAGAAGUCAAGACGAAGGCUCUUAGAGAAAACCCUGGAGCUGUCUGAUGGAAGCAGUCUGUGUGAUUCUGCACCAGGCACCCCUAUCCUUCCUAUCAUAAAGCUAGAAACAGAAACCAAAGGAUUGCAAAACUCUGCAAACUCCCCGUGUGAUGACAGCCAUCCAGCCCAGGGGUUAACCUCCUCCAGCCUGACUCCACGCCUUGAUGGCUCCCCUACACCCAUCACCUUCCCCGUCACCUCCCCCCCGUCUUUGGCCCCGGCUCGCUUCUCUUUCUCAGCCACUUCCACGCCCCCAGCAGCCCACGCUCCGUUUGUUUUUACUGUCAGCUCUCCGCCGCCCCUGUGCUCAUCUUCUCCUCUUCACUGUCACCUGACACCACACGCGUCUCCAAAUCUGUCUGUAUCUCAGUCCAUGCAGGAAGAAUCAUUUCCCAUUUACAUGGCCGUGAAUAGCAAGAAGAGAAAGAGUGAGGAGUAUUUCAAAAUUGAUGUGAAGAUUGAGGAUGCUGGGAAAGCUGAGCCUGUCAAAAGGAGCAAGGUGGUACCUGGGAAAAAGGAGCCCCUAAGAUCCGUCCAGGAGAGGAGGAGUGCAACACAGAGGCCCAGAACAACAGGCUCAGUGAGAUCUAUGACAACAUCAUCUUUAAAGAUGGCGAGGUCUGUGGUUCCUGCCCAGGCCAAGCAACCAAGCUCCAAACUCACCUCAUCACGAGGUGUCCAGUCUCUGAGGUCAUCUCGUAUUUCCUCCAUGAAGACGUCAAAGAUUGUUGCUGUAGCGCAGUCAAAGCUGACCUUCAUCAAGCCGGCGGCUCAAACAGCCAUACCGAGACACCCGAUGCCGUUUGCCGCAAAGAACAUGUUCUACGAUGAGAGGUGGAUCGAGAAGCAGGAGAGGGGAUUCACAUGGUGGAUCAACUAUGUCCUCACCCCUGAUGACUUUAAAGUCAACACUGAAGUCGCUAAAGUUAAUGCUGUGUCCAUUGCCAUUGGCAGCGAUCAUAAGUACAGCGUUCCCAAAGCUCCCACCAACGAGGAGAUGUCUUUCAGCACCUACACGGCCCGGCGGAAGCUGAACCGCCUCCGUCGCUCAGCCUGUCAGCUGUUCACUUCUGAGGCCAUGGUCAAGGCCAUUCAGAAGCUGGAAAUUGAGGUGGAGGCCAAGAGGCUGCUGGUCCGGAAAGACCGCCAUCUUUGGAAGGACAUAGGUGAACGGCGAAAAGUGCUCAACUGGCUUAUUUCAUACAAUCCGCUGUGGUUACGGAUUGGGCUCGAGACGAUCUUCGGGGAGCUGAUCUCCCUGGAGAGCAACAGCGACGCGUUGGGUCUGGCCAUGUUCAUCCUCCAGCGGCUGCUCUGGAACCCAGACAUCGCUGCGCAGUUCAGACACGCCAAAGUGCCAAACCUUUACAAAGACGGCCACGAGGAGGCGCUGUCUCGCUUCACGCUGAAGAAGCUGCUGCUGCUGGUGUGUUUCCUGGACAAAGCCAAAGAGUCGCGACUGAUUGAACACAACCCGUGUCUGUUCUGCCUGGACGCAGAGUUCAAGAUGAGUAAAGACCUGCUCCUGGCCUUCUCCAGGGACUUCCUGAGCGGAGAGGGGAUCCUCCCCCGCCACCUGGGCUACCUGGGUUUACCAGUCUCCCACGUGCAGAUGCCCCUGGACGAGUUCAACUUCGCUGUGAAGAACUUAGCGGUUGACUUGAAAUGCGGCAUACGUCUAGUGCGUGUGAUGGAGCUCCUCAUCCAGGACUGGAGCAUGUCGGCCAAACUCCGCCUGCCAGCCAUCAGCCGCCUGCAGAAGGUCCACAACGUCGACAUGGCUCUGCAAGUGCUCAAAAGCAAGGGGGUGGACCUCAAAGAUGAACUUGGCUCGAACAUUGAUUCCAGGGACAUUGUGGAUGGACACAGAGAGAAGACUCUGAGCCUCUUGUGGAAAAUCAUCUUUGCGUUUCAUGUGGAGGUGAUUCUGGAUGGCGAACAGCUGAUAGAGGAAAUUGGCUUCCUGAAGAGAUCCUUGAGGGCCAAGCGGAGGCUGGCGUGCCUGAGGGCCGACCGGGGUCUUCAGCCGAGUCCUGCAAAGAGCCAGGCACCGUACCAACACAGCAGCUCCAAGAUCACCCUGCUGAUGGACUGGGUCCACGCUGUGUGUGACUUCUACAAUCUGAAGGUGGAGAACUUCACCGUGUCGUUCUCGGAUGGCCGCGUCCUCUGCUACCUCAUCCACCACUACCACCCGGGCCUGCUGCCAGAGAGGGCCGUCAGUCACAGCACCACUCAGACGGUGGAGUGUUCGCCGAGGGGUCGCCUGGAGCUCAACUGCUCAGGCAGCGACUCUGACAACUCCUUUGACUACCCGUCCACGGGACUGAACGGCCCAGACUCUCCGUCUGUGGAGUUCAAAGAGCUCCUGGAGAAUGAGAAGAAUAACUUCAGACAGGUCAACACUGCAGUUUCUUACCUGGGCGGAGUUCCUGCCAUGAUCAACCCAGCGGACAUGUCCAACACCAUCCCCAACGAGAAGGUUGUGAUGUCUUACCUUUCCUUCCUGUGUGCUCGUCUUCUGGACCUUCGGAACGAAACCAGAGCCGCUCGAGUCAUACAGGCCGCCUGGAGGAAAUACAGGUUAAAGAAAGACUUGCAGCUCUACAAGGAAAGAAACAUGGCUGCUGCGAAGAUCCAGCUGGUUGUGAGGAGUUUUCUCCAGAAGCGCAGAGCUAAGAGACAGAACCAAGCUGUCAUUAUCAUCCAAUCAGUCUGGAGAGGUUAUGAGGCCCGCAACAGGCUGAGGCUAAAAAAACAGGCCCAACUUCAAGCUCUACAGCAUGAAGCUGCAACUGUCAUUCAGGCCCAGUGGAGGAUGUUUUCGUGUACGAGGGGUUUCCAACGUCUCAGAUACUACACCAUUGUUGUCCAAGCACAAUGGCGAAUGAGGAGUGCAGCCUCUGCUUAUAGGAGAAUAUCCUGGGCGGCAACUGUCAUUCAGAAGCACUCUAGAGCAUGGGCUCUGGCAAAAAGAGACCUUGAACAUUAUCUUCACCUUAGAGCUGCAGUCAUGAAAAUACAAAGAGGGUACAGAAGAUGGAAAACCCAGAAAACGGAGAAGGAAAACUGUGCUGCCAAAGUGAUACAAACUGUGUUCAGGAAAUGGUACGAGGACCAAAUGGCUGGGAAAAGAGCUGCUGCUGUAAAGAUUCAGUCUUGGUACAGAAUGCAGACAAGUCUCCAUCAAUACAAAAAGAUAAAGAGAAGCACUGAGCUCAUUCAAGCCCAGUAUAGAGGUCAUGCACAGAGGCGCUGCUUUCAGAUGUUAAAACUACAGCACCACUCGGCUAUUGUCAUUCAAAGUGCUUACAGGGGGCAUGCUGUCAGAAAACAGGUGGCAGAGAUGAGAUGUGCUGCUGUCCUAAUCCAGAGCUGGUUCAGGGCCUCCGUCGAAAGGAAAAUGUUAUUGAGGAUGAAAUGUGCUGCAAUUACCAUACAGGCAGCCUAUCGUGCGAAAGUGGCUCGAGAGGCCCUGAAAAAACAGCACAAGGCAGCAACAGUAAUCCAGACAGCUUUCAGGAAGCAUGCUACCCAAAGGCGCUACCUUGUCCUGAGACAAGCUGCAGCUGUGAUACAGCAAAAGUACAGAGCCACAAUUUUGGCUCGUAAAACAAAGAAGGAUUAUGAUGCCUUUAGGAAUGCUGCACUUGCCUUACAAGCUCACUGGAGAGGCAGAGCUGACAGGAAGAGGAUGGAGAAGCGGCAUCAGUGUGCCACUCUGAUACAGGCGCAUUACCGUCGGCACAAAUCGCAAGCAGAGUAUAGGUCCAAGAAGGCCUGUGUUUUGGUUGUACAGCGUCACUACAGAGCUUAUGUUGCUGGAAAGGAAAUGAGAAAAACAUACCUGAGCAUGAGAGCAGCCUGUGUUACACUCCAGGCUGCCUUCAGAGGCAUGAGAGUUAGGAAAGAGCUGAGGAAAAAUCAUAAGGCAGCCACUGUCAUUCAGUCCUCAGUUAGGAUGUUUAUAUGUCGGAAACGGUAUUUCCUCCUCCAAAGUGCAGCGAUUGUCAUUCAAAGUCAAUACAGAGCUCUUCUGUUAUGCAAGGCACAGCAAAAAGAAUACAUAGCGCUAAAGCUGGCGACCUUAAAGAUACAAGCUGCCUAUCGUGGAUAUAAAUUGAGAGAAGAUCUAAAGAAGAGGCACAACGCUGCCAGAGCAAUCCAAGCUCAGUUCAGGAUGCACAUGAUGCGUAUGGCCUACCUUGCAACCAAGUGUGCUGCCAUCAUUGUUCAGCAACGCUAUAGGGCCAACAUGCUCAGAGAUCAGCAGGUGCAGAGGUACAGAACAAUGAAAUCUGCCGCUGUAGUUAUCCAGGCAGCCUAUCGUGGCCAAAGGGCCAGAAGGAAGAUUGUAGAGAUGCAUCAAGCUGCUACAAUCAUUCAGAGGAAGUUACUUACUAUUCGAGAUAGAAAUAGGUUCCUAGCUCUUAAAGCAGCCGUUCUUGUUUGUCAGCAGAGGUACAGAGCGGUGACUCUGGCAAGAAAAGACUGGUUGGUCUAUAUGUCAAAGCGCAGGGCAGUAAUUUGUCUGCAGGCAGCCUACAGAGGAUGUAAGGUCAGAAAGCAGUUACGUAUCCAACAUUCGGCAGCUAUAACAAUUCAGUCUCAUUUCCGAAAGUAUCAGCAGAGAACUUACUACAAGACCCUUUGCCGGGCUGCCAGUGUUUUGCAAGCACAUUACAGAGCCAACAAGAAAAUGAGAGAGGAGAUGAAAGCCCUCAUGACCAUGAGAAAUGCAGCUGUUGUCUUACAAGCUGCAUUCCGAGGAAUGACAUCCAGACGAAUUAUCAAACGAAGGUAUCUGGCUGCCAGUGUAAUUCAGAGAGCUUACAGAGCCCACUGUGAACACCAACAGUAUCAGACCUUAAAAUCCUUCACUCUUACCAUUCAGCGACGGUAUCGGGCCAAUGUGGCAGCAAAGGAACAAAUGGAAAAAUACCAAAGGGUGUGCAGUGCUGCUGUUGUUAUCCAGGCAGCACACAGAGGCAAUCAAGUCAGAAAGGAGGUGGCUCGUUGGCAUCACGCUGCCACUGUGAUCCAGUCAUCAUUCAGAAAGCACAGGAAGGAAGUCAAAUUCCAGGCUAUGCGUCUGUCCACCAUUAUCAUCCAGAGAUACUAUCGCUCCUUUAUUCUUCAAAGACAGGACAGAGAAAAGUUCCUGAAAGCAAAACAUUCUGUCAUUAUCCUUCAAGCAGCUUUCAGAGGUCAUCGUGUGCGAUGCAGCAUUGCCAAAAUGCACAGGGCAGCUACUGUCAUUCAAGCUAACUUCAAGAGGCAUAAAGAGCAAUCAGCUUUCAGGAAACAACGCUGGGCAGCCUGUGUCUUACAGCAGAGGUUUAGAGCUCAGAGACAGAGAAAUGCUGACAUAAAACAUUAUCAAAAGUGCAGAAAAGCGGCUAUUGUGUUACAAGCUGCAUAUCGUGAAAUGAAAUCCAGACAACUUGUCAAACGAAGGCAUCAGGCUGCCAUUGUUAUCCAGAGGGCUUACAGAGCCCACUGUGAACACCAGCAGUAUCAGACUCUAAAAUCUUCAGUUCUCACCAUUCAGCGACGGUAUCGGGCCACUGUAGUUGCAAAAGAACAGAUGCAACAAUACCAAAGGAUGCGCAGUGCUGCUGUUGUUAUCCAGGCAGCAUGCAGGGGCAAUCAAGUCAGAAAGGAGGUGGCUUGUUGGCAUCACGCUGCCACUGUGAUCCAGUCUGCAUUCAGGAAGCACAGAGAGGAAGUCAAAUUCCAGGCCAUGCGUCUGUCCGCCAUUAUCAUCCAGAGAUACUAUCGCUCCUGUAUUCUUCAAAGACAGGACAGAGAAAAGUUCCUGAAAGCGAGACAUUCUGUCAUUAUCCUUCAAGCAGCUUUCAGAGGUCAUCGUGUGCGAAGUAGACUUGCCAAAAUGCACAGGGCAGCUACUGUCAUUCAAGCUAACUUCAAGAGGCAUAAUCAGCAGUCAGCCUUCAGGAAACAAAGCUGGGCAGUCUGUGUCUUACAGCAGAGGUUUAGAGCUCAGAGGCGGAGAAAUGCUGACCUAAAACAUUAUCAGGAGGUCAGGAAAGCUGUUAUUGUUUUACAAGCCGCCUUCCGUGGGCUGAAGUCCAGAAGAAUCAUCAAACAAAGACUUCAUGCUGUCUGUGUUGUCCAGAGAGCUUACAGAUGUUUCUUCGAACGCAAACAAUAUGUGAAAUUGAAGUUUUCUGUCCUUGCUAUUCAGCGAAAAUAUCGGGCUUCUGUUGCAGCUAACGCUCAAAGAAUGCAAUAUGUGGAAAUGAGCAAUGCAUCCAUUACUAUUCAGGCGGCAUACAGAGGGUGGAAUGUCAGAAAGGAGGUGGCUCGUUGGCAUCACGCUGCCACUGUGAUCCAGUCUGCAUUCAGAAAGCACAGAGAGGAAGUCAAAUUCCAGGCCAUGCGUCUGUCCGCCAUUAUCAUCCAGAGAUACUAUCGCUCCUGUAUUCUUCAAAGACAGGACAGAGAAAAGUUCCUGAAAGCGAGACAUUCUGUCAUUAUCCUUCAAGCAGCUUUCAGAGGUCAUCGUGUGCGAACUAAAGUUGCCAAAAUGCACAGGGCAGCUACUGUCAUUCAAGCUUACUUUAAGAAGCAUAGUCAGCAGUCAGCCUUCAGGAAACAACGCUGGGCAGCCUGUGUCUUACAGCAGAGGUUUAGAGCUCAGAGGCGGAGAAAUGCUGACCUAAAACAUUAUCAGGAGGUCAGGAAAGCUGUUAUUGUGUUACAAGCUGCAUAUCGUGAAAUGAAAUCCAGACAACUUGUCAAACGAAGGCAUCAGGCUGCCAUUGUUAUCCAGAGGGCUUACAGAGCCCACUGUGAACACCAGCAGUAUCAGAUUCUAACAUCUUCAGUUCUCACCAUUCAGCGACGGUAUCGGGCCACUGUAGCUGCAAAAGAACAGAUGCAACAAUACCAAAGGAUGCGCAGUGCUGCUGUUGUUAUCCAGGCAGCAUGCAGGGGCAAUCAAGUCAGAAAGGAGGUGGCUCGUUGGCAUCAGGCUGCCACUGUGAUCCAGUCAUCAUUCAGAAAGCACAGAGAUGAAGUCAAAUUCCAGGCCAUGCGUCUGUCCGCCAUUAUCAUCCAGAGAUACUAUCGCUCCUGUAUUCUUCAAAGACAGGACAGAGAAAAGUUCCUGAAAGCGAGACAUUCUGUCAUUAUCCUUCAAGCAGCUUUCAGAGGUCAUCGUGUGCGAAGUAGACUUGCCAAAAUGCACAGGGCAGCUACUGUCAUUCAAGCUAACUUCAAGAGGCAUAAUCAGCAGUCAGCCUUCAGGAAACAAAGCUGGGCAGCCUGUGUCUUACAGCAGAAGUUUAGAGCUCAGAGGCGGAGAAAUGCUGACCUAAAACAUUAUCAGGAGGUCAGGAAAGCUGUUAUUGUUUUACAAGCCGCCUUCCGUGGGCUGAAGUCCAGAAGAAUCAUCAAACAAAGACUUCAUGCUGCCUGUGUUGUCCAGAGAGCUUACAGAUGUUUCUUCGAACGCAAACAAUAUGUGAAAUUGAAGUUUUCUGUCCUUGCUAUUCAGCGAAAAUAUCGGGCUUCUGUUGCAGCUAACGCUCAAAGAAUGCAAUAUGUGGAAAUGCGCAAUGCAUCCAUUACUAUUCAGGCGGCAUACAGAGGGUGGAAAGUCAGAAAGGAGGUGGCUCGUUGGCAUCAGGCUGCCACUGUGAUCCAGUCUGCAUUCAGGAAGUACAGAGAGGAAGUCAAAUUCCAGGCCAUGCGUCUGUCCGCCAUUAUCAUCCAGAGAUACUAUCGCUCCUGUAUUCUUCAGAGGCAAGAAAGAGGAGCAUUCAUGAACUUGAAGCAAUCAACUAUCACCCUUCAGGCAGCUUUCAGAAGCUGGUGUGUCAGGAGGGAUAUAAGUCGACAAAAUCAAGCCGCCAUUGUAAUCCAGUCGUGCUGGAGAUGCUCUGUGCAGAAGCGUAUCUUCCAGAGGAAGCGGGAAACUGCUGUGAAGCUUCAGCGGCGGGUCCGGGCAGUGCAGCUCGGCAGGUUGGAGAGAAACAACUACAUCCGAAUGAAGAAGGCUACCAUCACACUUCAAACACACUGCAGAGCCUGGAUUGCAAGACGACAGGUACUAGAGAGAGCCAAAGCAGAGAGGAGGCUCCGUUUUACAUCAGCGGUCUUCUACCAUCUCAGUGCCAUAAAGAUCCAACGAGCACUCAGAUCCCAUUGGGUUUUGGAGUCAGCCAAAAAACAAAUCCAUUCUGUCAUCACAAUACAGCGAUGUGUGAAGGCGAGGCAGCAGAGGAGACGGUAUCUUGAGGACAGGAGGAAUGUGGUUGUAGCCCAGAGAGCAGUCAAGCGUUGGUUAGCUCGUCGCCACAAGUCGGCGUCUGUCAUCCAGCAAGCCGCCAGAAAAUUCCUCCUCCUUAGGCGCCAGAAGAGGGUUGAACAGGGCAUUGUCAAAGCUCAGGCUCUCUGGAGAGGACACCGCUCCCGUCGACUGAAUGACAAUGCCAAGGUGGUGAAGUUGAGACAGCGCUUACGCGAAGUCUCCGCCUGCGUCAGAGAGGAGGACAAAUUGUGCAACAAGACGUCCUCUGCCCUGGACUACCUCCUCCGAUACAAACACUUCUCGUACAUCCUUGAGGCUUUGAGAAACCUAGAGUCUGCAACCAGACUGUCUCCAGAGUGCUGUGAGCGGCUGGUGGAGAGCGGAGCCACAAACACCAUCUUUACACUCGUCCGCUGCUGCAACAGGAGCGUCCCCUGCAUGGACGUCAUCACCUACUCCAUCCAGAUCCUCCUCAACCUCUCCAAGUACCACAAGACCACUGAGGCAGUGUAUUCGGUGGAAAACUCUGUGGAGACUCUGCUGGACCUGCUGCAGAGAUACCGUGAGAAAGCUGGAGAUAAAGUGGCAGAAAAGGGCGGCAGUAUCUUCACAAAGGCCUGCUUCCUUCUUGCUCUCCUCCUGCAAGACAAGUACCGCGUUGUGGAGGUUAUGAAGCUACCCAAAGUGUUGGAUAGGCUACGCAGUAUCUACCGCCUCACCGCUCGCAAACACAAGAUGGACGCUGAAAGAACUGUUACGAAACAGAAAAUGAACGCAUCAAUCAACGGGAGCUUUUUCUUUCCAGCGACACCUCGUAAAUCCCGCCCUGUGCCAAAAUUUGCACCGGAUUGGGUUCUCAGAAAGGACAAGCUCCAAGAUAUUGUGGAUCCUCUCAGGGCCAUUCAGAUGCUGGCAAACACACUCUCUAUUGUGUUGUAAAUACAGGCUUUUAAAUCUUCAUUUUAUCAUCUCAUUCUUGUGCUUCAGAAAAUAUAACUUUUUGUAUAGUUUGAGGUGUUUUUUGUUUUGUUUUUUCACUAUUGCGUUUCCAUGAUUUCCUUGUAAAUAUUAAAAUGGAUAUGUUUCUUA